UACCCAUCUCCAUUUUCAUCUUACAAAACUAUACUUAUUUUCCCUCCUGCUUUCUCUUCUUUUCCUUCCUUGGUCUCCUCAUUCAUGGAGAAACCUCGGGUUACCGAGUUUCAAGUCCGAAUGGACUGCAACGGUUGCGUUCAGAAGAUUAAAAAAGCUCUUCAUGGCAUUCAUGGUAUAUAUGAAGUUUACCCCGAUAUUGCUCAACAGAAGUUGACAGUUAUAGGAUGGGCCGAUCCGGAAAGAAUUAUCAAGGCAAUUCGGAAAACUAGGAAGAGUGUAACAAUCUGUUCCUAUUCGGAACCAACAGAACCGGCUGAGCAGCCACCGGAACAACCGCCUGACGAUGGUUCGGCAGCUCCAGAGACGGAAAAUCCAACCCCACCAGAAGCUCCACCGUCAGCUGAAGCUGCUGCUUCACAACCUGAAGCAGCAUCCCCAACUGCGGACCAACAGAAAGACCAACCAGUACCACCCCCAGAGAAUCCACAACCCGAGCCAGCACCCGCACCCGCACCGGAUGCAAAUGCUAAUGCUGGCCAGCAACAACCGCAACAUUUGGGACCGAAAGAUGUGGGCGAAGUCCAUGUAAUAUGUCACCAUCCGCCUGAUUACGGACAUAGAUUCGGAUAUGUUCACAGUUAUGGAGGACCCUGCAACAGGCAAUUCCCUAAUAGCCAAUGCAAUUUCUAUCCUAAUAGCCAACCUUUUCACCAUGAAUUACCACCACAACCGGCCUUCGUAACCCACAGCUACAACACGUACAAGCCGUCACCGUACGUCACGGAAUAUGAAUACGUUCCUUCCCCACCACGAUACUCACAUUACUCGCAUUUCAGUAGGAUCGAUCACCACAACGAAGACUAUUACGGUAAUUACAGCAACGGCAGCAGCAGUAGCAAUUACAACAACAGCAAUGGCAAUGCCAAUGGCAAUGGAAAUAUUACAUCAAUAUUUAGUGAUGAAAAUCCCAACGCCUGUACAAUAAUGUAGAAAAAUAAAGAAUAGGGCGGCAAUGUUUUUCCCCUAAGAGCAUGUGUCAAAAAAGAUAGAGAAAAGAAUUGGAAAUGAUGAAGGAGAGGUAUAGAUUCCAUGCUUGUAAGUGCUGGAAGAAUAGAUUCUGCAAUCCACUUCUGAGAGAGGCAUUAUUUGCCAUCAAAGGAUUAUUUCCGUGUGAAAAUGAAUGUGCUAAAGAUAAUUCUUUUACAUUAUAUAUUAUAUGUUGGUUCCACUCUUCAUUUUUCUCAAA